UUUCGCUAGGGCCGCCAUUUUGAAUUUAAUUUCACAUCGACUAUUCUCCGGACGUUCUGAAUGUAGAGGAUCAAGAGAUAUUUAAGGAAGAACAAAUUGCGGAACUAUGACCACAGCAGCAAGACCGACCUGGGACACCGCAAAGGGUGGCCGAGGAAAAGGAGAGGGUGACCUCUCGGCAUUAUCAAAGCAGUAUUCGAGUCGGGAUUUACCAUCACACACAAAACUAAAACACAGGCAAACAGGUCAAGACACUGUUGAAGAGGUCCGCAGCAGAGACUUCCGCAAAGAUUUGGAAGAGAAUGAACGUCAAGCAGCACGUGAGCGUGUGAAGGAGAAAGGAAUCAAAUCAGCAGUUGAACAACCAAAGAAACCUCGACUUGAUCAACCACCUCCCUCAAAUCUAGAUGCAGAUGAUCCAGUUGAUGACGAUGAUGACGAUGAUGACGAUGAAAGUGAUGAUGAAGAUGACACAGCAGAACUUCUCGCUGAGCUGCAAAGAAUAAAAAAAGAAAGAGCCCAAGAGGAAGCCAAAAAGGAGAGAGAAAAGAAAGAAGAAGAGGAAAAAAUAAGAAUGGAAAAUAUUAUGACUGGAAAUCCCUUACUCAACACACAGAACAAUUUCAAAGUGAAGAGAAGAUGGGAUGAUGAUGUUGUAUUCAAGAAUUGUGCCAAAGGAGAGGAUGGAAAAAAGAAGGAACAACACUUCAUCAAUGACACCUUACGUUCAGAAUUCCACAAGAAGUUCAUGCAAAAAUAUGUUAAAUAAUGAAAAGAUUUGACUGCUGUCUAGACAACUCUGCAUGCAGGCAUCUUAUUCUGGUCAUAGUAGAAUGAUGUGUAGCAACACUUAUUAGAGAGAAUUUUGCUUUCCAAGAACUGAGAAUGCUUUUAUUGCAACCAGGGAAACUUGGGUUCAUUGAUCUCUGAUAUAUGUUCCAGUUCACAUCUUAAGAUGGUUUCAUCUAACAUCCCCACAUGGAAGGAGAAUAUAUCCACUUGUGACAUGUCUGCUUGGGAUAUUUGAUUGAUUAUAAAACAAACCAUUUUUGAAA